AUGGUGUUUUCCUGGCAAGAAGAUCCUGGAGCUCAGCGCCUGCUGCUCUCGCUUCUGCUCCUCGCAGCCUGGGAGGCAGGGAGCGGCCAGCUCCACUACUCCAUCCCCGAGGAGGCCAAACACGGCACCUUCGUGGGCCGCAUCGCCCAGGACCUGGGGCUGGAGCUGGCGGAGCUGGUGCCGCGCCUGUUCCGGGUGGCGUCCAAAGGCAGAGAGGACCUUCUGGAGGUAAAUCUGCAGAAUGGCGUUUUGUUUGUGAAUUCUCGGAUCGACCGGGAGGAGCUGUGCGGGCGGAGCGCGGAGUGCAGCAUCCACCUGGAGGUGAUUGUGGACAGGCCGCUGCAGGUUUUCCAUGUGGAGGUGGAGGUGAAAGACAUUAACGACAACCCCCCGGUUUUUCCAAUGGCAGUAAAAAAUCUGUUUAUCUAUGAAUCCCGACAGCCUGGCUCUCGGUUUUCGCUAGAGGGCGCAUCAGAUGCCGAUAUUGGAACAAAUUCAUUGUUGACUUACAGCCUUGAUUCCAGCGAAUAUUUUACCUUGGAAGUUAAAAGAAAUGAUGAGGAAAUUAAAUCCCUUGGACUUGUGUUGAAAAAACUUUUAAAUCGAGAGGAUGCUCCUAAGCAUCAUUUGCUAAUAAAGGCUGUUGACAGUGGGAAACCAGAGCUCACUGGCACGACUCAACUGGAGAUCACCGUUCUAGAUGUAAAUGACAACGCCCCAGCGUUUGAGAGAACGGUCUACAAAGUCAGAUUGUUCGAAAAUGCACCAAAUGGUACCAUAGCUGUUAUCGUUAACGCCUCUGAUUUGGAUGAAGGAGUAAAUAAGGACAUUGUAUAUUCUUUCAAUACAGAUAUGUCUGCAGAUAUUCUGUCGAAAUUCCACUUAGAUCCGGUCAGUGGACACAUUAGUGUAAAGGGUAACAUAGAUUUUGAGGAAACUAAGUCAUACGAAAUGCAGGUGGAAGCGACGGAUAAAGGAAUUCCCCCACUGGCAGAUCACUGUGCGGUUCUAGUGGAAAUUGUGGACAUCAAUGAUAAUGUACCUGAGUUGGUUAUCAAGUCACUAUCAUUGUCUGUAUUAGAAGACACUCCACUUGGCAGCGUAAUUGCCCUGAUCAGCGUGUCCGACCGCGACUCAGGUGUCAACGGACAGGUCACCUGCACCCUGAUGCCCGACGUCCCAUUCAAGCUGGUGUCCACCUUCAAGAAUUACUAUUCGUUGGUGUUGGACAGCGCCCUGGACCGCGAGGUUAUAUCUAACUACAAGGUGGUGGUGACAGCGCGGGACGGGGGCUCGCCUUCGCUGUGGGCCACCGCCAGCGUGUCCGUGGAGGUGGCCGACGUGAACGACAACGCGCCGGCGUUCGCGCAGCCCGAAUACACGGUGUUCGUGAAGGAGAACAACCCGCCCGGCUGCCACAUCUUCACGGUGUCGGCGCGGGACGCGGACGCACAGGAGAACGCGCUGGUGUCCUACUCGCUGGUGGAGCGGCGGGUGGGCGAGCGUGCGCUGUCGAGCUACGUGUCGGUGCACGCGGAGAGCGGCAAGGUGUACGCGCUGCAGCCGCUGGACCACGAGGAGCUGGAGCUGCUGCAGUUCCAGGUGAGCGCGCGCGACGCUGGCGUGCCGCCUCUGGGCAGCAACGUGACGCUGCAGGUGUUCGUGCUGGACGAGAACGACAAUGUGCCCGCGCUGCUGGCGUCUCGGGCUGGAGGCUCUGGCGGUGCGGUGAGCGAGCUGGUGCCGCGGUCGGUGGGCGCGGGCCACGUGGUGACGAAGGUGCGCGCGGUGGACGCCGACUCGGGCUACAACGCGUGGCUGUCGUACGAGCUGCAGCCGGCGGCGGGCGGUGCGCGCAGCCCGUUCCGCGUGGGGCUGUACACGGGCGAGAUCAGCACGACGCGCGCCCUGGACGAGGCGGACGCUCCGCUUCAGCGCCUGCUGGUGCUGGUGAAGGACCACGGCGAGCCGGCACUGACGGCCACGGCCACCGUGCUGGUGUCGCUGGUGGAGAGCGGCCAGGUGCCGAAGGCCUCGUCGCGGGUGUCAGCGGGGGUCGCGGGUCCGGAGGCAGCCCUGGUGGAUGUCAACGUGUACCUGAUCGUCGCCAUCUGCGCCGUUUCCAGCCUGUUGUUGUUGACGCUGCUGCUGUACACGGCAUUUCGGUGCUCGGCGCCACCCACCGAGGUCGCGUGCGGACCUGGGAAGGCCACGCUGGUGUGCUCCAGCGCGGUGGGGAGCUGGUCGUACUCGCAGCAGAGGCGGCAGAGGGUGUGCUCUGGGGAGGGGCCGCCCAAGACCGACCUCAUGGCCUUCAGCCCCAGCCUUCCGCCCUGUCCAGUUAACCAGGACGGAGAGGAGCAACUAAAUGUGGACGUUCAUAUCUCUGCCAAAGUGAGUAAUUUUUUUAUAAAAUCCUUUUCAAAAUGUUCUUGUUUUUUAUUUCCAACGUUUCCAGUCUUGGAAAGAUGUUGGUUAUUUACGCCACACUAUGUGUUUCAAAAUUAG